AUGACACCAUCACUACUUACUCAUCAUUCAAAAAUAGAAAAUGAUCUUAUUAAUGCUCUAUCUAAUCGUAUUCUUAUUAUUGAUGGAGCUAUGGGUACAAUGAUACAACAAUAUAAAUUAGAAGAAUCUGAUUUUCGUUGUAAUGAAUAUCAAUUAAAUACACAUAAACAUCCUCUUAAAGGAAAUAAUGAUUUAUUAUCUAUAACACGUCCUGAUGUUAUUUUAGAAAUACAUCAAAAAUAUUUAGAAGCUGGUGCUGAUAUUAUUGAAACAAAUACAUUUAAUGCCCAAUGUAUAUCACAAGCUGAUUAUGGUUUAGAACAUUUAUCAUAUCAAUUAAAUUUAAAAUCAGCUCAAUUAGCAAGACAAAUUGCUGAUGAAUAUACAAAAAAAACUGGUAUUCAACGAUUUGUUGCUGGUGCUUUAGGUCCAACAAAUAAAACUCUAUCAAUAUCUCCAUCAGUAGACAAACCUGAUUUUCGAAAUAUAACUUUUGAUGCUAUUGUUGAAGCCUAUAGUGAACAAGCACGUGGUUUAAUUGAUGGUAAUGUUGAUUUAUUAAUAGUUGAAACAAUAUUUGAUACAGCUAAUGCAAAAGCAGCAAUAUUUGCAUUAAAAACUUUAUUUGAAACAAAUGUUGAAUUUACUAGACCAAUUCUUAUUUCGGGUACAAUUGUUGAUAUGAGUGGACGAACAUUAUCAGGUCAAACAGUUGAUGCAUUUGUUAUUAGUGUUUCACAUGCUGAUCCGAUUUGUCUUGGUUUAAAUUGUGCUUUGGGUCCAAAAGAAAUGCGAAGAUUUUUAGAAGAAGUUUCUAAUAAUACAUCUGCAUAUACAAUUUGUUAUCCAAAUGCUGGUCUACCAAAUACAUUUGGUGAAUAUGAUGAAACACCUGAAUCAAUGGCUCAACAAAUAGGUCAUUGGGCUCAUGAUGGAUUACUUAAUAUUGUUGGUGGAUGUUGUGGAUCAACACCUGAUCAUAUCAAAGCAAUUGCUGAAAGUGUCAAACGAUAUCCACCAAGAGUACCACCAAAAGAUUUGCAUACGGAAGAAAUGCUUCUUUCAGGUCUUGAACCAUUUCGUAUUUCUCGUUAUACAAAUUUUGUUAAUAUUGGUGAACGAUGUAAUGUUGCUGGUAGUCGUCAAUUUCUUCGUUUAUUAAAAGAAAAUAAAUUUGAUGCAGCUCUACAAAUAGCUAAAGUACAAGUUGAAUCUGGUGCACAAAUACUUGAUUUAAAUAUGGAUGAAGGCAUGAUUGAUGGUCAAGUAGUUAUGGCAAAAUUUAUUAAUCUUCUUGCAUCCGAACCUGAUAUAGCUCGAGUACCUUUAUGUAUUGAUUCAUCAAAUUUUGCUGUUAUUGAAGCUGGCCUUAAAUGUACACAAGGAAAAUGUAUUGUUAAUUCUAUAUCAUUAAAAGAAGGUGAACAAGAUUUUCUUGAUAAAGCAAGAAAAUGUAAAAAAUAUGGUGCUGCUGUUGUUGUUAUGGCAUUUGAUGAACAAGGACAAGCAACAGAUAUUGAAAGAAAAUCGGCUAUAUGUAAAAGAAGUUAUGAUUUAUUAGUUAAUAUUGUUAAAUUUAAUCCCAAUGAUAUUAUAUUUGAUUCAAAUAUUUUGACAAUUGCAACAGGAAUGGAAGAACAUAAUGAUUAUGCAGUAAAUUUUAUUGAAUCAAUUAAACGUAUUAAAGCAUCUUGUCCUGGUUGUAAAACAUCUGGUGGUAUAUCAAAUAUAUCAUUUUCAUUUCGUGGACAAGAUCGUAUACGUGAAGCAAUGCAUUCUGUAUUUUUAUUUCAUGCAAUUAAAGCUGGUCUUGAUAUGGGUAUUGUUAAUGCUGGACAAAUACCAAUAUAUAAUGAUAUUGAUCCACGUCUUCGAGAACUUUGUGAAGCAUGUAUAUUUAAUACACGAUCAACAGCAACUGAAGAAUUACUUGAAUAUGCUCAACAACUUAAAUUAAAUUCUAGUACAAAUGAUAAUAAUAAAGUAGGAAAAGAAGAAGAAUCAUGGAGAAUGAAUACAACUGUUGAAGAACGUCUUCAAUAUUCAUUAGUUAAAGGUAUUGAUAAAUAUAUUAUUGAUGAUAUGGAAGAAGCAAGAAAAAACUAUUCACGUCCAUUACAUAUUAUUGAAGGACCAUUAAUGAAUGGUAUGAGUGAAGUUGGAGAAUUAUUUGGUGCUGGUAAAAUGUUUUUACCACAAGUUAUUAAAUCAGCAAGAGUUAUGAAAAAAGCAGUUAAUUAUUUAAUACCAUUUAUGGAAGAAGAAAAACAACAAAAUAUAAAAUUAUUACAACAACAAGGUAAUACAACAAUAAGUGGAUUAGAUUCACAAUAUACUAUUGUUAUGGCUACUGUUAAAGGUGAUGUUCAUGAUAUUGGAAAGAAUAUUGUUGGUGUUGUACUUGGUUGUAAUAAUUAUCGUGUUAUUGAUUUAGGUGUUAUGACACCAUGUGAUAAAAUUCUUAAAAUAGCUAAAGAAGAAAAUGCUGAUUUUAUUGGUUUAUCUGGUUUAAUUACUCCAUCAUUAGAUGAAAUGAUUAUUGUUGCAAAAGAAAUGCAAAGAUUAAAUUUUAAUAUUCCAUUAUUAAUUGGUGGUGCUACUACAUCGAAACAACAUACUGCAGUUAAAAUAGCUCCGCGUUAUCACAAUGCUCCAGUUAUACAUGUAUUAGAUGCAUCAAAAAGUGUUGUUGUUUGUGGAAAUCUUCUUAAUAAAGAUAAAAAAGAAGAUUAUAUAGAAGACAUAGCUGAAGACUAUAAUGAUAUACGUGAUGAUUAUUAUGCAAAUCUUAAACAAAUACGUACUAUAUCAAUAAAUGAUGCACGAAAAAAACGAUGGAUUAGUGAAAAUGAAAAUUUUAAUAUAAUUAAACCAACAUUUUUAGGUAUAAAAAUAUUUAAUAAUAUUGAUAUUGAAAAAUUAAUUAAUUAUAUUGAUUGGAAACCAUUUUUUGAUGCUAUGCAAAUACGUGGAAAAUAUCCAAAUCGUGGUUAUCCAAAAUUAUUUGAUUGUAAAGAAGUUGGUACACAAGCUCGUAUUGUUUUUAAUGAUGCACAAAAAAUUCUAUCAAAUAUUGUUGCACAUAAAAUUUUUUCAAUACGUGCUGUUAUUGGAUUUUAUCCAUGUCAAACAUUAGGUGAUGAUAUACUUAUAUAUGAUCCACAAGAUUCAAAAAAACAAAUUGCAACAUUAUUUGGUUUAAGACAACAAACUGAACGUGAUUCAAAUAUUUAUAUGUGUUUAUCAGAUUUUAUAUCAUCAACAAAUAUCGAUUAUAUUGGAUUAUUUGCAUUAGCUGUUUUUAAUGUUGAACAAGAAGCACAAAGAUUAGUACAAAAAGAAACUGAUGAUUAUUCAUCAAUUAUAUUAAAAUUAUUAGGUGAUCGUUUAGCUGAAGCAUGUGCAGAAUAUUUACAUGAAUGUGUUCGUCGAGAAUUAUGGGCAUAUGCAUCUAAUGAAAAUUUAUCAAUAAAAGAUUUACUUUCAGUUAAAUAUCAAGGUAUUCGUCCAGCUGCUGGUUAUCCAACACAACCAGAUCAUACAGAAAAAUUAACAAUAUGGAAAUUAUUAAAUGUAAAAGAAUCUAUUGGUAUUGAAUUAACUGAAUCACUUGCUAUGCAACCACCAUCAUCUGUUUCUGGACUUUAUAUGGCACAUCCAGAAUCAACAUAUUUUGCUGUUGGAAAAAUUAAUCAAGAUCAAGUACAUGAAUAUGCUGAUCGAAAAGGAAUGUCAAUAAAAGAAGUUGAAAAAUGGUUAUCAUCAAUUUUAGCUUAUGAUGUUGAUUCACAAUAA